UCGAUAUCGAUUCCAGAAGGUCGCCGGCGGAGUAGUCGCGCGCCCUCGCCGUCCUUCCGACGUCUCGCGGUCGGCAAAACGGCUGAUUGUUGACACCGCCGUCGUCGUCGUCAUCGUCGUCGUAGUAGUAGUCAGCGCGGCUACUGCGCGUGGGAUCGAUGAAAGGCGAGAUCGAUCAGCUCGCAGAAGCGGCGACUGUGUGCUCGUUCUGCGAUUCUUCCUUAUGCGACUGAUCCGCGGGGUGCUAGUCGCGCCGGGGAAGAUGCGGAUCGUGUCGGGAUAGAGCCAUUACGUAAACGAGCAUCAUAGGGGCGCGGAAUUCCUGUCCGGGGCGCCGAAAUAUCUCGGUUCGGCCCUGGCAGCCAUCGAUGAAGAGCUGGACAUGAGUUGGACAUCCGCACGGCCAUCACUGGGAUUAUUAAUUAUCCUCCUCCUGAGAUGCGGUAUCGCGAGAUCGAUGACAGACGCGAAGGAGCCGAUACUGCUGAAAGUAGUCGCUCCCCCGUCUCACACGGCUUUAUCCGGCGACGUGACCGUUUUAAUCUUGGACUCGCUCGAGACGGAAUCCUCCACGGCAGCCGCGAGCAUCGCAGUCACAAACGACACAAGAAAAGAUGAGAAAAAGAAGAUCGAUCCGAAGGAGGGGAGAGCCACUACGGUUCAUGAGCCGCUCGUGCUCAGAGCACUAUACGUCGACGGCCUCACGUCGGAAUUGAUCGGUGAUUUCCCCCUGGAUACCUUGCCGCAUAGGGGCGAGAAUAUUUCUGUGAUAAUACCCUGUGGUGUCUUCUCGCGCGGCGGAGUUUAUACGCUACGACUUCAGUACAAGAAGUUCUCAACGGUGGCUGCCAGACACACUGCCAUUGCUGGGCUGCCUGAAAUUGAGAUGAGCAGUGCCUUAGACGUAAAGUGGCCAACCCCUUCUCUGCUUCUGGAAUCCCAACACUUCGGUACAUAUCCUAGUCAGCCGGUAGUUGCGACCAUAAAGUACAAUGGAAUCUCGUGUGUACCUGCCAAUGGCGUUCCGGUAGCGGCUUAUAUUUUGCAACUCAUUUACUGCGGCACCACCGCGGCCGCAUGCGACCCACAGAACAACAGUCGCACGCAAGUGCUCUACUACGAAGAAGUGAACGGCUUCACCUCGCCCAAGGUCAUCAAGCUGAAGUGCGAAUUUUUCGGCUUGGCCGGCAAUUACGCGCUCAGACUGAAGGCAUCCGACGUCAACCCCUCCGCGCCGACCACGAGCGCCUACAUCAAGGUGGAAUGGUCCGAGGAGUUCAGCUUCAACGUGCACGCGCGGUCGGUCUAUCCGUGCGAGGGAUCGGCGGGCAUACCGGUGCUCUUCCAGUACCCCGCGUGUCGUCUUCAGGGCGAUCGCGUGCGCGUCUACGGCCGUCUGCGGGCGGACGUGAGCUCCCUCGCGCCUCCGUCCGCGUUGCACUACGUGGCGGAGCUGAAAGCGGCGCCCGGCAAACACUCGCUGAACUUCGACUGCGAUAUCUUCACGGAGAAGUUCAUCGAGUACUGCUUCGUCUACGUGAGCCAGGCGAUCACCGGCGCGAUGGCGGAAGUGAAGCUCGCGUGCAUACCCACCUUCCCGCUUCUGGAGAACGACGCGGCUGGUUGGGGUCCUUGGAGCGCGUGGAGUCCUUGCAGCAGCUCCUGUGUGGGCGGAAUUCGCAAUCGAUAUCGAUUCUGCGACACGCCACCCCCGAAGUACGGGGCGAAAUUUUGCCAGGGAAAAGCGGUGGAGACGGAAUCGUGCGGCGGCAGCGGCAGGAUCGAUUUCCAAGAGGCGUGGAACUCCGAGGGAUGGGAGUGCCGGCACGGAACGACAUUAGCGGCUGCGAGACCGGAAGUCACGGCGCAAAUUGGCGUUCAGUGCCGGUGCGGUUGUAUCAUCAAUUUUCAGGAGAAAACUUUUAACAGGAUCCUGGCGGCGAACACUCAAGCCUGCCCCGGCCGUUCCUUCUGGUUACUGCAGGCAAAGUCGGACUACGUGGUCCGACUGCACCUGGAUCAGACGCAAUUCCCGUGUCCGGGGCAAUACUUCCGCGCUCGCGACGGCGACUCGCUGAGCGCCGACCUCUUGACGGACAUCGCGUUCGACAAGAGUACGCCCCCGACGGGAACGAUAUUCUCCUCGGGUCAAAACCUGCUGCUCGAGUUCUUCAGCGACGGGUUGACUGCCUCGGGCGACUCUUGCGUGGGUGGUUUUCUGGGUCACGCAAGUAUGUUCCAGAAGCUGUACGAGAAGAACAAAACCUCCGCGUUGCUACCGUCGGAGUCGAGUACCACCCCCGCUGUCGAACAAUGGUUCUUCUGGGGCCCCGCACACCUGGCGACAGCGUCCCUUUUGAUACUCAUAUUCUUUAUAUCUAUUUUUCUAGCAUUGCAAUUUGCGCUGAAAUACAGGAAGUACCACAUCGCGGAGGACUUGGACACUCUGAGCGAGCAUUCCGGAUGCAGCGACACGAUGCACACGAUGGUGGGACGAGCGAAAUCGAUGUCUUCUACGACACUCAUUUCGGAAGUCGCGUCUCUAGUGGGACUGCCGAGGAAGUGCACGCCAAGACUGUCGAAGCGCAAAUUAGCCCCCUGCGCGGUGGAGGACGGUUACGAUAGUUCAGAAACUCUGGCGGAAUACGAGGACGAAACUAGCCUGAGCUCGACUACCUUGAAGUUCAAAGAUAACGAAGAGAGCUGUACCGAGAGAAACGUGAUACCGAAUAAGCUGCACGCUGCUGAAACACCGCGAACAGUGUCGCCCAUAAUGGCAGUUGGCCAGCCGGAAGUAAAAUAUGCUCAGCCAGUGAAGUUACGCACUCUGGGAGCUGACAGUCCCGCGACGAGCAAGCUGACACGAGCGGGCGACACGAGAUGCCAAAGCACAGCGGGCAUCCACGACAGUCCGCAUAUUGCAAGACUUCAUCGCUAUGCGUCUAAUCCGUUGCAGUCCAAGGACUCGUCGACGAGCAGUCCGCAAUCGGGCGCGUCGACCUUGCGCAGCGGCAAGGAGACGAAGGACCGUCGCAAUCGCGAACGACUGCUCCAAGGCCCGGGCUCCGAGUUCAGUCUGACGAAUCCGGAGACGGACAUGGAGCUGGACUAUUACGAUUACAACGUCGCGAACGCCGGCGCCGCGCCGGGCUCCUACUUAGGUAUGGAUCCCGCUUUUCUCCUAUGGAUUCCCCCGUUGAUCUCCGAGGAUGCUGAAGGUCCGUCCGCGGAUCGACCGGAUUAUUUUCAAGGCACGACGAGCCCGGCGUUGUUCCAUCUACCGGAGAGUACCGAGGGCGCGAGCCUGACGCCGGCCGAGUACCGCAAGCGUAUGCGGCAGCUCGCCGGCGCCGAGGAGGCCAGAUUGGGCUUCGAGCAGAACCGGCAGGACUCGACGUCCUCGUCGUCGUCCAAGAACGACUCGUCGUCGGGCGGUAGCGCCGUGUCCGAGGACAGCAUCGGGGAGAGCAGGGCUCGGCUGAAUGAACGCCUGCUGCCGAUCCACCGGAUCCUGGAGGACUCCAGGACCCGGGUGAGCGAGGAGUCCCUGUGCAGCCAGCUCGCGCUCGAGAGAACGCCAUGCAUUAUUCCCAACCGCCUGCACGCCGGCAAAUCUGACCUCUGCCAGGAUCAGGAGGCUACGAGGGCCGGCAGUCGGCCGGGUAGCCUUUUGCACAUCAACGAAGGCGUCGUGGCGAGGUCGGACGACAAGCCGGAGAAGUCGAAGCAGGAGGAUCCCGCCAACUCGAAGUCGCAUUUGAAUCAAAAGAUAAAGGAUACCUCGCAGGAGGAUAAGAAGCGCUACCUCAAGGACGAGAACAAAUUCCCCGGCAGGUCGACGACGAGCUCGAAGCCUCCCGGUCACACGGACGGUAACGCGACGGAGCGGCUCGACAGGGGCCUGCGAAGUGCCAAGGACGAUCCCCGCUCGGAUGUCCUGCUGUCGAACCUGAACGUGACGGCCGGCAAGUACCGGGACUUCACGCAGUUCACGCAACCCCGCGAGUCCGGCAGGCAACUGUCGGACUGCACGAACAUACCGAUGAUCGAGUUCUCGGGGCCGAGGCUCGGCUCGCCGGCGACCACGCAGAAACUCACCACCGACAACCUGAACAUCAGCCUGUCCAGGAAGGAGAUCCAAAGCCCGGAUUACGGGGUCGAGAGCGACAUGAAGACGGAGUCGCGCGAGUCGACUUUCUACGAUUUAAUUCGCGAGAACGAGGACGGCAUCAAGUUCGCCGACGACGACGACGAGUAUAUCGAUAACCGGGCGAACCUGUGAAACUUGUUGUUGUAACCGCCGCUUGUGAGAGCGCAAUAAAGAUCACUGCUAUUUUACGGCUGAGAAUGUUGUACCGAGUUCAGAGAGGUCUCCCGGGUAAAAUGGAAAAUGAAGAUGACGGGACGGCAAAAUGAUGACAAAAUGACCGAAAAAUCAGUUUCAUUGCCAUUCUCUCGUCAUCUUGACGUCAUUGCUUUUUUCUGUUCUACCUGAUGCCCAGGUAGAACGGAAAAUCACGGUGACGUCAACAAAAUGAGAAAAUCUAUAGCACAUUUUAUCCGAGGGAUGUCCUUAGGACGUCUUUAGGACGUCUGUGCUGCAUGGGUGGAUAUUCAUAGUUGAAUCUUAUAUUUAAGACCGCGAUAAGUUUAUUUUCAGAUGCUGUACGGCUCAUUUCAUUGGCUACGAAAUAUGUGAAGAUAAACGUAAGACGGUCUUAAAUAUAACAUCCGAAUAUGAAUACCGGCUACAGUCAGGUUUUAUAUUCAAGACCGUCUCAAAUUCACCUUCAGAUGCAUUAUAGCCAAUGAGACGAUCCAUAUAGUACCUGGAGAUGAACUUAAGACGAUCUUAAGUAUCCCGAUAGGCAAGCUAUGGUAACAUUGCACGAUAAUGUAUCACGAAUUGACGAAAAUUUCGCAAUAAUGACAUUAAGAUGAUUUACCAUAACGGUUUUGUCUGAAUAAAAUUUUAAAAUGAUAUUUUUAUUCAAAAUUAGGCAAAUUCAAUUCAGGAUAUUUCUUUAGGACAUCAUUGUACAACCUACAAUAUUUUUCACAAUGUAAUGCAGCAAUAACAUUUUGUAAUAUUUGCAACACUUGCGGAUUAAAUAUUUUAAUCAAAAUUAUUAAAUUGGUUAAAUAUCCACGAAAUUUGAUAGAAUAGAGAGAAAUUUUCAUACGAAUAGCAUAUAAAUAUUUAAAUAAAUUUUUUAUUUGUAUUUAUUUUUUAUUUAUC